AUGAUUAAUAAUAAAAUAAUUAGCAUGUCUUGAGAGCUAAUCAAAAAUAAUGAAGCUGUAAAAACCCAAAAGAUCGUUAAAGAAUUAAGAGACAAGAGAUCUGAAGUUUUAAAUAAGCCAAUUGACCCAGAAUUAGAGAAAGACUUUAGAAGAAUCUGCACAAUCUACGGAAAAGAUGCCUGCAUUUAUGAUCCACUUCUUCAGCAAGCUUAUCAAGAUUAUGUUAAUGCUUAUCACAAAAAAGCAUCUCUUUAUACUAUUGUAGAUGAUAAUUACAGGACUAAUUUGAUUAUUUAUGAUACAGAAAAUCAAACUGAAGAAUUAAAGAUUAUAGAGACUCCUGAGCCGCUAAACCUAUUCACAUGCAUUGCUCAACUGCCGAAUGGUAAUUUAUUUUGUUUUGGCAAUGGCUCUUGCUCUGGGAUUUCAUUAAUAAUCGAUGAGAAUUCUAGAGUUCGGCAGCUGCCAUCUGGAACUCAAUGCUAUAGUUCAUCAACUAUCUAUUUCGAUCAUAAUAUUUACUGCUUUGGAGGAUAUAAUGAAUGUGGUGAAGCUUUAACUCUAUCAGAGAGAUUUGAUUUGAAUGAAAACCGAUGAAUCAAAUUAAGCCCACUUCCGCAACAUGAUUACUGAUGUCAUAGUAUAAUAUUUAAUAGGAAUAUUUUGAUUUCUGGAUGGAAUAAUAAAAAUGUUUUGAUAUAUUCAAUUGAUAUUGAGUCUUUCUCCACAAUUCCUUAUGACUUUGAAGCAUAUAAAAUAAAAAUCCUAAUUAAUUCAGAGAGAAUGUAUUUAACUGAAAUAAAUGGAUCAGUCUAUGAAAGCGAAGUUUCAAAUGAGUUUGUCUGGAGACGAAUAUCAAAAUCAAUAAUAAAUUUUAGUCUUUAUCAAGUUUAUCUGACAUACAACAAAGGAGAAAUAAACAUUGCGGGUAUUAGUGGCGAUACCAAAAUUUGUCGUUACAAGUUUAAUUUGAACCAAAAGUCAUUUAUUGAGCUGCCUUAA